AUGGCGGAGCAGGUCGUCCCCCCGAGACAGGAGCCCUGCUCUUGGGUCUCGAGUUGGCUUCCCUCAUGGCGCCCCACCUCCCCAACACAGCUCAAAGAAGCCGAGGAAAAAAUGCUUAAAAUCGUCAAGAAGCCAUUUUCCAGGCAGCACGUCCGAAUCUCUAACUGCAACUUUCUCUGGACGUUGGCCUUUUCCCCGCAGUCCAGCUCCUCCGCUCCCCCGUCCCGUCCACGCGUCCCGUUGGUCCUGCUGCACGGGAUCGGAGGAGGUGUGGGACUGUGGGCUCAGAACUUGGACGCUCUCUCCAGCUGGGGGUCUGUGUAUGCCUUAGACUUACUGGGUUUUGGACGCAGCAGCCGACCUCGGUUCUGCGCUGACCCGGUUUUGGCAGAGGAGCUGUUUUUGGAUGCGCUGGACGAGUGGAGGGAGAGAGUUGGGAUAGAGGGGAUGCUCCUUCUUGGACAUAACUUCGGGGGAUACCUGGCUGCGGCUUACGCUCUCAAAUACCCACAAAGAGUUAAACAUCUCCUGUUGGUGGAGCCGUGGGGGUUUGCGGCACGUCCCGAAAAUCCCAACUCCCGCUCCUUCCCGAUGUGGAUCCGAGCCAUGGGAGCGUUCAUGAGCCCCUUCAACCCUCUGGCGGCGCUCAGACUGGCAGGACCCUUAGGGCCCAUGCUGGUCCAGACAAUCAGGUCCGACUUUAAACAGAAAUACUCGUCUGUGUUUGACGACGACACCGUGUCUGAGUACAUCUACCACCUCAACGCACAAGAUCCAAGCGGCGAGACGGCGUUUAAGAACAUGACCGUUCCGUACGGUUGGGCGCAGAGGCCGAUGCUGCAGAGGAUCGGACGGGUCCAGGCUGACAUUCCCAUUUCCUUCAUCUACGGCUCCCGCUCGAGCAUAGACAGCGACUCCGGACACGCCGUCAAGACAAGCAGGCCAGACGUGGAGAUUAAAGUGAUCAGAGGAGCUGGACAUUAUGUUUUCGCAGACCAGCCAGACGAUUUCAACCAGACUGUCCUUCAGAUCGUCAGCCGAGCGGAGAGGAGCGGUCAGAGCGAGCCCACCCCCCUCGAGUAGAGAGGACACUGUGUGGGGUAUAAACAUGGACUCUUAACAUUAUUAUGCACUUUAUUUAUUCAGAUUUGUAUUUAAAUGCAGCCAUUCUCCGAAACAGAAACGAUUGCUGGUGUAAAUAUUAUGUAAAUAAAUCCAGACUCAAAUGCUCUUUAUCAGUUUUGUGAUUGUGGAAAUCUUGUUUUGUAACAUCAUGACCUCUCUCUUACUUUUAAACGUCUCCCUUUUCUGUGAUAUCUGUGAAAGAGUAAGACUAUUCCAGGAAAACUGCCUUUACGCCCUCACACUGUGCUGUUCUCAUGGUGGCCAGCAGAGGGCAGCAGAGUCACAGUCCAGUGCACGUCCCUCUGUGAGCCGGAGCCACAGGCCUG